AUACUCAUAGCAGGGGAAUAAAGGUAGUAGCCAAGGCCAACAAUGGGGAGGAGCCUUGAUUCUAUUUCUAAUGAUUUCCACACUCAUAUUACAAUGGUAGAGAGGACGCCCAGCCUCCUAACUGAUGUCCCUCAAUACCCUAAUGUCCACAAGGUCUUCAAAAACACGGGGUACAACCAGGAGGAACUUGAUCAGUCUCAGCAACAGCAGCAGUCCUCUGAUAAGGCUAAGAAGGGCUUUGUUCUAUGCAAAUGGAAGACCUUCCAAGCGAAAUAGAUUUCAACUUUGGGAGCCCAUGGUAAUGGUAGUCAUGGUUAUGUAAUAAUAGUGUAGCCAACAUAAAUAAAGGCCUUAUCUUUGGUCUGCCACUGCUACCAUAUAUAGAUUGUUAUUGAGGGGUGGCAGGCUAGAACCAAUGCAUUUAACAAAUUAUCAUACUAGUUAUUGAUUAUUUUAUGGUUUUCAGUCUUGUUCUAUCCAUUUAUAUAUUGUACUUGUGUAGUAGUGUUUUUCAUUUUGGAAGGGCUGUUUUUCAUUGAAAGAAAAAAAAAAAAGGCUCAACAUUCAG